ACUCUCAUUCUGACGGCACCCAUUCACUGGGGUCAGUGCGCUCCGCUGCUGUCUCCUGCGGUCGGGACUCUGAAGCUGGUGUCCGGUGAUGGGACGAGCAUGGGCAGCGUGAUGAGCCUCCAGUGCCCCUCCAGACACCGCGCGGUCAGCGGCAGUCAGAUGUCCUGUGUGUGGAGCAGCAAUAAGACAUACUGGAGCGGCGGGACACCAGAGUGUAAACCUUUAUCUCGGUUCGAGGAUGACGGCUUUCGUUUAGCUCUUCUUGUGUCCUUCAUCAGCUCAGCCAUCAUCCUCCUCAUGAGCAUCUUCUUCAUCACUUCCUGUCUGGUGAGACACGUGAAACGAGAGGAGAGGAGAAAGAUGGAGAGGGCAAGAAAAACUGGAGCGUCAGAGUUUUGGCAACAAAUGGAUGUUGAGGGUGUGGAGCUGCAGAGAGAGGUGUUACACAACCAGAAAACCACAAACAACAACAACAACAACAACAACACCAGAGGAGAGAGACAGCACACAGACAAACACAUCUACAGCCCUGGUGACCUCCACACUCCCUGCAGGUGUCUUCAGGAAGGGAGGCCCUGUCCUCUGAACAUCCAUCCAUCCCAGUUCUCUCUGAUAUUCAAUCCACUCUCUGACUACCUCAUAAACACACACAUCGGCUCCGCAGACACACGCUGUGCGUUCCCUUUCCCUCGCUACGCUGCAGAGGACAGACAUUUCUGCAGGCCGCUUCGAGACCCUCUCUGGAAUGGACAGCACCUGUUUAGCCCACAUCAACCCCCUGCCCAGAUGAUGUCUAUAUGAGGAAGUGAGCGAAGUGCUGAAGACUGUGGAGGAUUGUGUGUAAUAAUGAUUCAAUCUGGGACUAGUCACACAAGAGACAAGACCCUCAACUGAGAACUGGAACUUUUUUCAUGUGUGGUUUUGUUAUGUUAUGUAGAUAACUGCGUGUGAUUCGAACUGUAUUUUUAUAUUUUAUUGCACUUAACAUGCUAUUGCACUUGAUACUGGCCACAACAUUAGUAUAUAGUUUUGCAGUACAGUACGCAACGGGUAACAAUGAAUGUUUUAAAUAGUAAAUUAUUAUGACAUGACGCCAUGACCUGCAACAUUACUGGAUGUUUAAAUAUGCCUCAUUCCCUUGACAUUAAGAGUGUAGACUUUGCAGGGCUCAAGUGAGUUGAAAAUGAUCCAAAGGGACUCCAGACAGAUUGAUGUACAACACCGUGUCUUGAAAGGCCGUCCAACAUGGACGUUAAUGCUUGACAUACUGUCACUUGUCACUGCCCAUAAGUCACACUGAAAUAUGAAACAGUGACACGAUUCUUUUCACUUGUCUGUUAAUAUAAAAACAGGUUAUUUAAAUUAUUCCAAACAAUCAACCAACACGGAAUUCUCUCAUUUACUAUAUAAAGACAUGCUUUCUGGAUGCACACUUGAAAUAAUCAUUAUAUCCUUAUGGAGAUAAAGUCUCAGCUGGGUAGAUUUCAUUGUUGUUGUUGUACUCAAACUAAAAACCAAAGCAAGCUUCAAAAUGUGGAAAUUCCUGCUCGUUAUUCCUCAAGCAUAUGUUUUGGCUGUACAAAUAUGACAGUAACAUGUUAUGUUCAUAUCAAUGAACCAUGAUACCUAAAACAAUAUUACAUGUCCAAAUGGUAGUACCAUGGUACUUUUUGUUCUUUUGCAAGUGUCUGUGCCUCUGGAUAUAAUGUGCGAAUAAAAAACACGAAUAUAAUGCAAAAGUUGCACACGGAAUUCCUUUCAAAUGUAGCGCAGAUAUUAUAAUACUGUGUACUU